CUGAGUAGCACUCUCGAAAGGCAGUAACCAGCCGGCGUAUGAAAAUCUUCGGAACUUGAGAGAUAGCAUAAACAUAAAAUGGUUGAAUUCGUAAAUUUCGUAUGCUAGAGAUCUGGGGGGCGCUACGGUUCUUCCUACCGUUACGGUAUUCUCCAUAAUAUGAAGAGACGUGCAACGUUGCCAGACUUUUACAUUCAAAGGAAGAAACCUCACUUAUCGGUUGACAUACGGUUGACAGAUAGUGACCCAAAAACAAAUACUAAUUUUGGAAAAGAUGCGCCGUCAGAUACAGAAAGUGCCUUGGUGUACUUGCGAAGUAAGUUUCCCAACGAAGCGUUUGAAGGCCAUCUACCACCUGUUAUUGUCAUCCAUCAGGUUUACGCUAUUGUGAAAUGCAAAACGACUGUAGAUAAAGAUGUGAGUGUUUUACAAAGCAAAGGAAAAAUUCGAAUUUUCAAACUUGGUGGUGAGGAGUCUGCACUUGUGGCAAUUUUUACUGAAGAUCUGAAGAAACACGUGUUGAAAUGGUGUGCUGAAAAACCAAUAAUCACACGUUUUUUGAAUGAUGUUUUACCGGAAAUGGAUGAUGUAAGCAUUGAUAAGAGUGUACUUCAAGAAAAGUUCACUCUUUCGGAGCAUGAUAUAAGAUUUUUGUUUGGAUGUGGUCUGCUAACAUUAAGAUCAGCUUCGAGUUUUUGGUUCUCUUUUCCAAAUGCUGGAGAUUUCAUGAAAACUUACUUAAAGGGGAGGAAAGCUGUCCUAGCAACAAUAAAGAGGAGCAAAUUCAGUGAAAUUCUACAGCCUGAGCUUGAACAGCGGAAGUUGAAGAAAUCCGAGAAGUUUGGUAUGGAGUUCUACAUUUACGACAUAAUUGGUGCUGACUUGGUUGAAUGUAUAGAAACAACAUCUGGAAAUCUUCUGAGAUUACGGAAGAAGAAAUAAAGAUUUUCCAUAUCUAAAAUAAA